AUGCGCCGUUUUGCGCUUAAUGUCAAGACGGCGCUUAUCAAUGCGGUGUUUGAGAAGACGCUCAGUGUGGAUAGCUUGAGCUUUCAGCGGUUUUCGAAGGGAUAUGUGGUUAAUCUCGUCACUGUGGAUUGCGAAGGGAUUACCGGAGGCUUGCAAUCAAUGCACGAUCUCUGGGCGAUCCCGGCUCAGAUUGUCACUGUUUUGGCCAUCAUGGGCCACAUCCUUGGCAUAUCGGUGUGGGCAGGCGCCGGUGGACUCAUCGGCGCCGUCUUCGUCGUCAUGUUCAUUGCACCUGCUUUGAUGGCUCGUGCGGCGCCGCAGAUGUCCCGCUUCGAUGACGAGAGGAUCCGAUUGAUCAAGGAGACUGUGCAGGGCAUCAAACUCGUCAAAGCGCAAGUAUGGGAACAGAUCUUUGCGAGCAAGAUCAUUGCCGCGCGCGCCAAUCAGGCAAAGAGUCUUUUCGUAUUCAACAUCGGGAUAGUGUGCUUUGUUGUCGUCGGUCAGCUUGGCACGACCAUUGCACCCGUCUGUGCGUUCAGUCUUUACGCAGCUAAAGGCCAUAUGAUGAAGGCCGCGAUUGUAUUCCCAUCUAUUGCGUUCUUCAGCAUUUUGGUCGAUCCUCUUAUUGCUCUCCCGCAGACGCUCAGCGGGAUCAUGAGCGCAAGUCAAUCCUGGAAACGUGUGUACCAGUUCCUCACCGCCAAACGUCAAGUACCCGUGACCGAGAGGUCGUCGCACUCGGCACCCGCCGCGGAAACCAAGUUAUCGUCAGAAACUGCCAUUCUGAUCGAGAAGGCGUCUUUCUCAUGGGCGCCGAAGGAGUAUCAUACGUCCGUGGACGUCGGGGCGAACGCAACAUCGGCUGUGCUGGACAGCGCUUUCCUGAAGGACAUCAAUGUGAAUAUUCCGAAGGGAUCGCUUACGGCGAUUGUCGGGGUUGUGGGAUCGGGGAAGACAAGUUUGCUGUCUGCGAUUACUGGACACAUGCAAUGCGUUGAGGGCUACGCGUACGUGGGUGGGACUUUUGCCUACACUUCCCAGCAGCCCUGGGUGCAGAGCACAACCGUGAAAGACAAUAUCACGUUCGGCCUCCCCUAUGACGAACGGAAGCUACAGAAUGUCAUCCGCGCUACCGCCAUGCAAAGGGAUGUGGAUUCAUUCGAAGAUGGCAUCCAUAGCGCCAUAGCGGAGAAAGGAUCCAAUCUCUCGGGAGGACAGAAGUCCCGCCUGGCUUGUGCUAGAGCGAUGUAUAAUGAUGCUGAUAUAUAUGUCAUGGAUGAUCCCCUCGCCGCUCUGGAUGCCACUGUCGCUCGCGAAGUGUUCGAGAACUGCAUUCGGCAGGGCCUCGCGUCCAAGACCCGCAUCCUGGUCACCCAUCACCUGGACCUUCUACAAGCCGUCGACUCUAUCAUCGUCAUGUCCGAAGGACGGGUAUUGGAGCAAGGGUCAUUUACAGAGCUCUCAAAGGCGGGUACGCACCUCUCUGCUCUUCUCGCCGGGAAAGCAAGAGCAUCGGAGGAGCAAGAUGAUGCCAGUGAGGCCACCACGGCCGAGGAUCCAAAAGUACCUUCUCACAUUGCGGCCACGUCGGCCAGCAAUACAGCAAUAGAGCUGUCGGCGGAAACGCUACCGGCGACGAUCAUAGCGGAAGAGAUGAGUGACUCAGUCUCCUGGUCAACCUACCGCAGCUACAUUGACGCAGCUGGUGGCGGGCUCAUACUCGUUUCACUUUUGGUUCAGAUCCUGCUCUACCAGGCGGGAAAUGUCAUUAUGACCCAAUGGCUGUCGUGGUGGACGUCGGAUAAGUUUAUGCAGGGAACGGAUUGGUGGAUCGGUCGGUACAACGCCGUCGCUUGGACGGCCGCCUUCCUUCUGAUCAUCAUGAACACGAAUAUUCUGCGCGGCGUAUCUCGAGCAUCCAACACAUUCCAUCAGCGCGCGGUCGAAGGUGUCCUCCGUGCCCCACUCUCGUGGUUCGAAAGCCAAUCUGUCGGGCGUAUUGUCAACCGCUUCUCUCGCGACGUCGCGGCCCUUGACCAAGCCAUGAUGCCGAUUUUUUUUCAAUUGGUUGCUGGACUCGGGACAUUUCUGUCCAUCGCGGUUACGGUUACGUAUAACGUUCCAAUCAUGUCUGCGGUUCUUGGUGUCAUGGUGAUCGCCUACUACCUUGUCUUCCGAUAUUACCAUCGUACCGCGCGAGAGCUUCGCCGACUUGAAGCUACCGAGCGCUCGCCGCUGUAUUCGUACAUCAACGAAACCAUGGAAGGCAUCCCCACCAUAUCCGCAUUCCGCCGCGAAGACGAUUUCCGCCAUCGCGCGAAACAGUUGAUCGACCAAAGUAAUCGAGCAUCCUUCCUCCGCUACAAUGCCGAGCUGUGGGUAACCCUGCGCAUGGACCUCAUCUCCGCGGUCGUGAUUGCGGUUCUCGCGGGUCUCGGCGAAACCUCCUUUGCGGGAACGGCAUCCAAUUUUGGCAUGGCGUUGGCGUACUCGGCCGCUCUCACUUACAUCAUGACCAUCAUCGUACGGAGCAUUGCGAACCUGGAGAGCGAGAUUUACUCGGUACUCCGACUGCAGGAAUAUGCAGAUCGAUUGCCGUCCGAGGCACAGGGUGCAGACAUUCGUGUAGAUCCUAGCAAAGCGUGGCCAAGCCAAGGCCACAUAAGGGUCAAGGGGUUCUCGGCGCACUACGCGAGCCGGCCUGACCGAUUAUGCCUGCAAGACGUCGAUCUCGAGAUCCUCCCCGGUCAACGCAUCUGCAUGGUGGGACGCACUGGAAGUGGGAAAAGCACGCUGCUACUCGCACUGUUGCGCAUGAUUGAGAGAGAUGCGGGCAGCAUUACUGUAGACGAUCGGGAGAUUCAUUCUAUGGCACUGGAGGAUUUGAGGCAUGGACUCAACCUCAUCGUGCAAGAUGCAUACCUGUUUUCAGGCACCAUCCGCACCACCCUCGACAUUAGGCAAAACCUCACCGACGAGCAGCUCUGGAGCGCGCUUGAAGCCGUCGACAUGAAACCGUACGUCUCAUCCCUUCCCCAGAAAUUGGAUACGCCUGUCACGGGCAACGGGGAGUCCAUCUCGGCCGGGCAACGCCAACUCCUCUGCCUUGCACGGGCCGUCCUCGACAACCCGCGCAUCCUCCUCCUUGACGAAGCCACCGGCUCUGUUGACGCGAAGACGGAGCAGACAAUACAUAAGAUUAUCCGUGAGCGGUGUCCGCACGCCACGGUACUGUCUGUGAUGCAUCGUUUGCAGGAGCCGGUUAUCGCCGGCUUUGACAAAGUGUUGGUAAUGAGCGAUGGCUCCGUUGCUGAGUUUGAACGACCGGAGGUGUUGCUUGGCCGACCUGACUCGCUGUUCAGUCAAUUAAUGAAAGCGAGCUCAGGUAAGGACUGA